UGGUUAUUGCAAACAAAUAACAAGUAUGGAACUCACCUUGGUGUAGCAAGCGCCUUCUUUCGAAACGCCUCACGUUCCCGCAAAAGUGCAGGAUCCAUUUUGAAGAGAAAUAAAUACAAGUACAGUUCCGGGCGUGAAACAUGGGGGUUCAGAAAAUAUUCUUCCUAUUUAUGGCUGUACAUUAUGUGUUAGCGGACGAGGACACGCCCGUAUGGCGGUGGUCGUGCGACGAUGGCCGCUGCGUGAAGAUCCGCAACGAUCCCAAGUUCACGGAACCCGCCCUCUCGCUGGAGUCCUGCAAGAUGUUCUGUAACGAGUACGGUCUGCUCUGGCCCAAGCCAACUGGGUACACGAAUCUCGGCACGUAUCUGUCCAAAAUAAACAUGAACACCAUCGAGGUGCACUUGGACAAACGCGGCCGAAGCGACGACCUCAUGGAGGCAAUUCGAUUGAGAUGGAAGAAGUUGGUGACCCAGGCAGUUCCCAAAUUCGUGAUCCCGAAAGCGAGCGGAAAGUCCAUGGAUGUUUAUUUACUUAACCAAAACCCCGAUUUAAUAAAGUUCUCCCUGGACAUGGACGAGGGUUACAUCCUGAACAUAUCACCGGCUGCCAACGAGAAGGUGAACGCUACCAUCAUCGGUUCCAACUUUUUCGGUGUACGCAACGGCUUGGAAACUCUGUCCCAGUUGAUCAUCUAUGACGAUAUUAGGAACAACGUUUUGAUCCCAAGAGAUGUUACCAUCAAGGACAAGCCCGUGUACCCAUACAGAGGAGUUCUUCUGGACACUUCUAGAAACUACUUCUCCAUCGAGUCUAUCAAGACUACCAUAGAGGCAAUGGCAAUGGUGAAGCUGAACACAUUCCACUGGCACAUCACAGACAGCCAGAGCUUCCCGUUCGUGUCCAAGAAGCGACCGAACCUUACGAAACUUGGAGCGUACAGUCCUGCUAAGGUAUACACGAAGGAGAUGAUAGGUGAGGUGGUUAAGUUCGGUCUGGAGCGCGGCGUGCGCGUGCUGCCGGAGUUCGACGCGCCCGCACACGUCGGCGAGGGCUGGCAGGACACCGGACUCACUGUGUGCUUCAAGGCUGAACCUUGGGCGAAGUAUUGCGUGGAGCCUCCUUGCGGUCAGCUGAACCCCAUCAAAGAAGAACUCUAUGACUAUCUGAAAGACAUUUACGCAGAUAUGGAAGAUGCGUUCCAAUCCCCUGACAUGUUCCACAUGGGUGGCGACGAGGUUAGCGAGCGCUGCUGGAACAGCUCGGAGGAGAUCCAGCACUUCAUGAUCCAGAACCGCUGGGACCUGCAGAAACCUAGCUUCCUGAAGCUCUGGAACUAUUUCCAGACUAAGGCCCAGGAGAGAGUGUAUCAGGCAUUCGGUAAAAAAGUGCCGAUAAUUCUGUGGACGAGCACGCUGACGGAGCUAAGCCACGUAGAGCAGUACCUCAACAAGGACGAUUACAUCAUACAGGUGUGGACGACGGGCGCAGAUCCGACCAUCCGCGGUCUGCUGGAGAAGGGCUACCGGCUAAUCAUGUCCAACUACGACGCGUUGUACUUCGACUGCGGAUAUGGUGCUUGGGUCGGCAGUGGCAACAACUGGUGCUCGCCCUACAUCGGCUGGCAGAAGGUGUACGAGAACAGUCCGAAGUUGAUGUCCCUGGAGUAUUCGGACCAAGUUUUGGGUGGUGAAGCCACUCUGUGGUCUGAGCAAGCGGACUCGGCGACGCUGGACGGCCGUCUGUGGCCACGCGCCGCCGCGCUCGCCGAGCGGCUGUGGGCCGAGCCCCUCUCCAGCUGGCGGGAGGCCGAGAGGAGAAUACUCCAUAUGAGGGAGCGUCUCGUCCGUGCCGGCAUCCAGACGGAGUCUCUGGAGCCCGAGUGGUGCUACCAGAAUGAGGGCUACUGCUACGCCUAGAGCCCCAAUAAGUUAGUUAGGUUUAUACCAACUAUACCACUCUCCGUCCUUUUCACUCAAGUGUCUUAUUUCAUAUCUCGUAAUUAAAUAUUUUGUCUUCGAAAA